AAUACCGAAGGGGGGCUUUCCAACUGAGACAUCAACAGCCAGAAGAAUAAGCGGCGGCUCCAUUUUGCUAUGUUCCCAUCUCGAUUUAAAAAAAAUAUUUACUUUAAUAUUGUUUUUACAAUGUCAGCUACCGAUAAAAAUACUCUAGCUGCCUAUUUUAAAAACGGUGGAGUUCGGUCGUUUUCAUUGUAAGCGGUUACAUUGUGGUGUUCGCGUUCAUGAACGUGCCAUUCACCGAAGCUCCAUUUCUAACAUUGUAGCUCCUGAAAAACGACGUUGCAUUGGCCAACGUUACAGAUCUGAUUCAUGUCAUGUCAGCAGGGCGGAAUGCGGACGUGCGGGAGCUGCAGAUCCCCCUCCAGCAUCGCUCUCCCUCCCUGGCUGUUCUCUCUCUGGCCCAGCGCCCCUGGCCCAGCGACCCCGAGACAGGCUUCUUACCCCAGCACGGGGGCUUCUGGGACCACUUCAUAGCCACCCCAGAGCCCAAAUACUGCUGUGAGGCCUGCAGGCUAGUGCUCUGCAACCCCAGGCAGACAGAGUGUGGACACCGCUUCUGUGAAACCUGCAUCUCUGAGCAGCUAAGCAAACCAAAUCCAGUAUGUCCAGCAGAUAUGGAGCCGCUGUUCAAAGACAAGAUCUUCCGUGAUGUGUGCUGCCAUAGAGAGAUCAUGGCUCUGAGAGUGUACUGCAGGAGUGAGAAGAAUGGCUGUAAGGAGCAGAUGAGUCUACAUCAGGUCAUGGAUCAUUUGAAUGUGUGUCCGUAUUUUGAGGUGCCAUGCCCUUUAGGAAAGUGCAAAGAGAAGAUGAUGCGCAAAGACAUUUCUGAGCACUUGAGUUGGAAAUGUAAACACAGAGAGACCACCUGUGAAUUCUGCAUGCACAAGAUGGCCAUGACUGAAUUACAGAAACACAAAGAAACCGUUUGUCCUUCAUUUCCGGUGGCCUGCCCCAAUCAUUGUACUUUUCCCUCCAUCUUACGGAGUGAGCUGACAAGUCAUCAACAUGAGUGCCCCAAGGCUCAUGUCACCUGCUCCUUUAUUCGCUUUGGAUGCAAUUUCAAGGGUCUCAACCAAGACAUGAGGGAUCAUGAAUCUAGCUUUGCCUCUGAACACCUGCGGCUGAUGGCAACCAGGAACACUACGCUGGAGGCCAAGAUGGAGGAUGUUAAAGGAGAGCUUCUGGAGCGGUACAAGGUUCUGCCAGGCCUAAGCAGCCGUCUGUCUGAAACAGAGUCUCAGUACGAGGAGAUGAGGGAGAAUAACAGACAGCUGGAGCAGAAGCUCACUGCCAUGCAGAACUUGAUGAGUUCCCACUCUGAGAAGCUUUUGGAGAUGGAGCUGGAGCUGAGGUCUCUGAGGACCAUCCGAGAGGAGGUGGAAACACUACGAGGCACCGUGGAGAGCAUUCGUUCAAGGGUUGCAACGCUAGAGGGAGGAAGGGGUGGAGCCAUCCCAGCCACACACACACUAGGUUCUUUAGAGACACAGCUCUCCCGUCAGGACGACAUGCUGAGUGUCCACGAGAUCCGCUUGGCCGACAUGGACCUGCGCUUCCAGGUCCUAGAGACGGCCUCCUUCAAUGGGACGCUCAUCUGGAAGAUCCGUGACUACAAGCGGCGGAAACAAGAAGCCGUGGCGUCAAAGACCCUGUCUCUCUACAGCCAGCCUUUCUACACUGGCUACUUUGGCUACAAGAUGUGUGCCCGGGUCUACCUGAACGGAGACGGCAUGGGGAAAGGAACCCACCUGUCUCUGUUCUUUGUGGUGAUGCGUGGCGAGUACGAUGCCCUGUUGCUCUGGCCCUUUAAGCAGAAGGUGACUCUGAUGCUGAUGGACCAGGGCCCAGCCAGGAAGCACCUAGGGGAUGCCUUCAAACCAGACCCCAACAGCAGCAGCUUCAGACGACCCACGGCAGAGAUGAACAUAGCCUCCGGCUGCCCGCUGUUCGUGGCCCAGACUGUGUUGGAGAACGGUACUUACAUCAAGGAUGAUACCAUCUUCAUUAAGGUCACAGUGGACACAUCUGACCUCCCUGACCCUUGACCCCUGGUCUGUAGAGAACAGCAGAUGUAUCUGGAUCAGGGUGCCCUUAUGUGAGAGAGAUUGCAAAAGAUGGAAUGGAGAGAGCAGAAAUAAGGAUGGCGAACAAGAAAAUAACAGAAGUUAGAAGAGUAAGGUUUCUUUGCAGAUCUCAAGGUGCAGCCUAAGCCUGCAGAAAGAGCUGGGUGGACCUCAGAGCAGUUGCCUUUGGUGCCUGUGUUGCUCACCAGAUAGGUGAGAGAAGGAAAUGGUUAUUUUUCAACCAGGCUGAAUGUUAAAAAGUCUAAAGAAUGCCUAUAUUACUCACAGCAGGGAGAGGUAUAAAUGGCAAUGGAUCAUUCUAACCCAAGUUAUCAGGAUGCAACCAUCAUCAAACUACAUGGACCCAGUGGAUGGAUGGAGGGAGGAAGGAAGGAAGGAAGGAAGGAAGGAAGGAAGGAAGGAAGGAAGGAAGGAAGGAAGGAAGGAAGGAAGGAAGGAAGGAAGGAAGGAAGGAAGGAAGGAAGGAAGGAAGGAAGGAAGGAAGGAAGUCUACCAGAAUGGAGAUAGUGAAUAUAUUUCAGUAGACAUUGAUCAUUUCUGCCUUGAAGAACAUGGGACAGUGCAUCAUCCAACACAAGUCGAGGUGUGGAGAUAGUUGGGCACGGCACAACUAUCUUCUGUAAUAUCAAAUAUCUCUGAGAACUCAUUACUUGACUUUGAUGAAACUUGUCUAAAUUAAAGCCAGAAGAUACAAUCCCACAUGACAUGUUGAAUAAGGAGAUACAAUGCUAUAUGUGGUUGUGUAUGCUGUUUGCAUUGCUGGUGAAGUUUGGUUGUAUUAUUGCAUUGUUAAAGUAUAGAAUGUAAUGUAUGUUUCUAGUCUUGUGAUUGUGUUGGAGAAAGUUGUUGAUUGACAAGCUUUUAUUAACAGGUGUCGUGUGAGCACUAGGGUGUGUCUUGUGUGCAGGCUACAGCCUGUCUCUUAUUUCAGAUUUGGUUUUAGUGGACCUGGUCUGCAUCUGAAACAGCAUCCAGCUACCUAUAUUGUGCACUACUGUUGGCCAGAGCUGUACAAAAGUAGUGCACUAUAUAGGGAUUUGGGUGCCAUUUCAGACACAGACAAAGAUGGCACAAAGGAAUGGAUACACACCGGUACAGCAAUGCCACUGUCUCGCGGAGUUAAGAAUAAGACUAGCCUUUCAUUUUGAAGAUCUAUAAAGAUCUGUAAAUUACUUCUAUACUGCUUUUUGUAACUUACACAUUGUUUUGUAAUGUUCAGAACAGAUGCUGUGCAUCAUAUUUUUUUGUAACAGUUGGGAAAACAAAAUGCCUCAUUAAAACUCCAACCAUGUUGAUUGAGCUGAGACAUAAAGUGACAGUGACUUGUUUUCAUGAUGGUUGGUGGAGAAUGUUAUUUGCACAAGUUAUGUUUGAAUGUGUAUUAAUAAAAUUGUUAAACAAAACUUGAA